AUGUCGCUUUUUACCGAGGAUCAAUCAGCCUCAAAAUUCCUCAACUUGGAGGAGGACUCUCUGCUGCCACCCGAAGAGGUUGCUCGGGCUAUGUUGGCACUUAUCACACGAACAGAAAUGUACAAUUCUGUUACAAUUCUGGAAGUUUGCGAUGUUGGAGGAGAGGAUGGUUGGCGCGAGGCUGAAUUGCUAAACGACCCUGGCCCACGCGGGCCAGCUAGUAAGACGUCCAACAAAGGAAAAGCUGUUGAAGAUACCAUGCAGAUAUUGGGAAUUGAGAAUAGCACACUGAGUAAUAUUCUGGGAGUCAAUAAUGAGUGA